AGGCCGCCGGCCCGCAGACCGCUUAUGUAACUCCAUGCAACAUCCCGCCGAUUUUUAAAUUUGGAACGCGUGUGUUGUGACUUAUGUGUUUCCGCCCGGUGCGCGAUUUUUAUGUUUAUAUAAAAACUUUUUGAAACUAUAAUUUAAUUUUUUUUAUUAAUUAUUCUCUUAAGAUCUCGGCAUUUGUAUAUUUGUUUGCUGCCAGUGCUUCGAGGUGUGUCCUAAAAACUUAUAUUUUGUCUUACAAGACAUCAAGAGCUACCGUGGUCGCAAGCCUCUAGGAGCGGUAGUUCCUGCGGGACUGAGCCCCGGUGUGCCCUCGUCCGCUUCCCCCGGGCCCGCCCCGGCCGCCCCCAGCCCUGCACCAGCCACCACGCCCGCUAUGAAGCAAGACCAUCCUAGCCAGCCCAUGGCUCCAAUGCCAUUUUACGCGGGUGACCCGAACAGAUUUCCUACAACGUGGCAAACGGAUCCGUCGCAAGGUUGGCAAAACCAAUUUAUUCAGCAGCUGCCAACGCAGACGGGGCAGACGACUCUAGACUACCAGGGCAAUCACACUCCGUACGCCACUUCCCCCCACUAUCAGACCAACACAACGUACACCGUCCAAAAUGUUGCAACUACAUUCGAUGUCACAAACAACACGUAUUAUCAAACUGGCGUUCAAGCCGUUCCAGCACAACGCCCGCCAUCGAACCGCGGCGCUUAUACUCCGGUGCCAUCUCCCCGGGCUCCACACUACACAACAGAGUAUCAACAACAAUACGCACAGCAGGCCCCGACUACAUGCGUCACCACGGGGAACGACUCGAGACCCGCCUCAGCUGCAUCCUAUCAAAGUUCUGUUCCAACAUCAUCUGCGUCGGUAUAUACUGUGAGUCAACAAAGUUACGACCGCAACGAAUACACCUCGGAGCAUAACGACGAUUAUAACAACGGGGAAAACAGCACAGGGGAAGCGAGUAAUGAUGGAGAAAGACAAGAACAAAAUGCGUCGAAUAAUCAGCAUUCGGGAAACGCCGAGCCUGGAUACCUGCAGGGGAGCAACGGUCCGCGAGCUUCACUCGAUUGUAAUGGGUAUCCGGGCAGCUAUGCGAGCGGGCAGUACACGGAUAAUGGACAGACGCAGAACCAAAAUGACUGGCAACAACGCCAAUGGCAACAUAACCAAAGAAUUCAGAAUCAACAGUUACAGAAUCAACAGCAGUUACAAAAUCAACAACAACUACAAAAUCAACAACAAUUACAAAAUCAACAGCAAUUACAAAAUCAGCAACAAAUGCAAAAUCAGCAGCAGUUACAAAAUCAACAGCAGCAACAGCAGUUACAAAACCAACAACAACUUCAAAAUCAGCAACAAAUACAAAACCAACAGCAAAUUCAAAACCAGCAACAAAUGCAAAAUCAACAGCAAAUGCAAAAUCAACAGCAAAUGCAAAACCAACAACAAAUGAAUCAUAUGCAAAACCAACAACAACAAUUGCAAAAUCAACAACAUCAGUUGCAAAAUCAAAUACAAAACCAUCAAAAUCAACAAAUGCAACAGCAUAGACAAGAUGAAUCAGAGCAACAAAUGUUCUCACAAUCGGACAGGGUCAAUUUAAAUUCGCGACUUAAAACAAUGAUUUUAAAUAAACAAAGUCAUAUACGAGACGGCACAAACACUCCGCCAGAUAAAGGUGACCCUGGAGAGGGGCCUCCUCGUGUAUUAGAUGAUAGAAAAACCGGUGUCAACGACGAUAGAAAUACCACCGGUCAUUUUUUAUCGUAUAGCCACCAUCUCCGAGGUAAUUACCACAUAGGUGAACAGGGUUACCCUGUCACUGGUAAUUAUUCACAAAAUACUCAGGCCUAUGGCUUGAGUGAUAUCGGAGGUGGUGGCCACCAUGUAUGGGAGGGGGGAACGCAAGUUCCGAAAGGUUAUAAACAAAGUAUAUCGAAGAACGUAUCUAAAACUCCACAAAAUUUACCGUCACACGCUAACGUAAUAGGACAAUACAGUACAUAUGCUAACACGCCUUAUGAAGCACAAAAAUAUGCAGACACGUACGGUAGUGAGAAUUUAAGUUAUAGUCAACAAGACAACAAAGAUUUUCAUUCUAAGAUGCUCAUUGGACCAGUGUCAGAUAUCAACCAACAAACCUGCUCCACGACUCAAAAAAUCAAUACACAAAAAGGAACUUAUGAAAGAGAGACCAGUGAUAUUAAGUAUAGGCAAGCAGCGGCGCCUUUAGUCCCUAAGUUAGAAAUACCAGACAAUUAUCAAUAUGUGAAGGAAGCUAUUAAAAGUGAACCACAACGAUCGAUGAACCAAAAUACAUUCGGUAAGCAAAUGGAAGGGCUAAAACAUUUGCCUUAUCCUAAUGGGACACAAAAUAUGGCAUUACCACCAAUAUCUACAAUAAAACAUGAAAAUUUAAAUCAUAAACCACAUGUCUAUCAAAACUUUCAAAAUAUACCUUACGAAAGGAAAAUUAAUACAAGCGAAGACUUCGCUCAAAUUCCAAGAAUGCAAGAAAAUAUAGCUUUUCAAAAGUUCAGUAAAAAUUUUGAAUCCAAAUUUAAUCGGAGUGUAGACUGUCGAAGCAAUUCAGGAAAAAAUAUAGACAUUGAUUUAAAACCUCCAUAUUAUAUAGAACAAAUAAAGUCCGAACAUUCACCUCCUGGACAUAAAAUAUAUAAGAAUUUGCUCUAUGGACCCCCACGGAGUGAGCCUUAUAUGUUCGCAGGAGAGGGAGGCCCUAAUGCGUUCAGAAAUGAAAUAGGGUAUGCGUGUUGUAGACAAGGCUCAGUAAAAAAACCUCCCCCAGAACAUCUAAGGGAUGGAGCUUGUGCAGGUCUGCAAACUAAAGACGAAAUACUAGAAGAAGACCCAGACAGUACAGAUAAUUCGAAAACUCCAUCGAAACCUGGUACUCCUAUAUCUGAUCUCUUCCCAAAAACAACGAAAGAAAACCAAUUUAAUUACUCGAAGGAAUAUUUAGAUAACUUAGAAAGAUUAAAAAAUAAUUCCAGAACAGAAGUACCAGACUGUAAUUGCUUUCCAGCUGACAAAAAUCCUCCUGAGCCUGGAAGCUACUAUACUCACUUAGGGGCUGCUUCGUCUCUGUGUGAGCUAAGGAAAGAUCUGGAAGCAAGAACAGGAUUAUCUGGUAAAGAGUUGCGCAUUGAAAAAGUUUGUUACACAGGAAAAGAAGGCAAAACAGCUCAGGGUUGCCCGAUGGCUAAGUGGAUAAUACGGCGUUCCAGCUAUACUGAAAAAGUACUAGCCGUAGUUAAGUUCCGCAAUGGUCACAAAUGCUCCACUUCCUGGAUAGUAGUUUGCUUAGUGGCUUGGGAAGGGAUACCGCAGUCCGAAGCUGAUUUAGAUUACACGCUGUUGUCUCACAAACUGAAUAGGUAUGGCUUGCCGACUACACGUCGGUGCGCUACUAAUGAAAAUCGAACCUGUGCUUGUCAAGGGCUCGAUCCGGAGACGUGCGGCGCGUCCUACAGCUUUGGCUGCUCCUGGUCCAUGUAUUACAAUGGAUGCAAAUACGCCCGUUCAAAAACUGUCCGUAAGUUUCGACUUUCGGUCAAAACAGAGGAGAGUGAAAUCGAAGAACGCAUGCACGUCCUGGCCACCCUACUUAGCCCCUUGUACAUGAAUCUUGCUCCAAAGUCAUUUGAGAAUCAGUGUCAAUUCGAGAAAGAAGCGUCGGAUUGCCGUUUAGGCUUUAAGCCUGGAAGACCGUUUUCAGGGGUAACGGCAUGUAUAGACUUUUGCGCUCAUGCACACAGAGAUCUUCAUAACAUGAACAACGGCUGCACAGCAGUAGUCACACUCGCCAAACAUAGAGCACUCACGAAACCCAAUGACGAACAGUUACAUGUCCUUCCACUGUAUGUUUUGGACACUACAGAUGAAUUUGGGUCUAAGGAAGGCCAAGAAGAGAAAAUUGCCAGCGGGGCUUUGGAAAUUUUGGACAAAUAUCCUAUGGAGGUCCGCGUUAGGUCCGUCCCACUGCAGCCCUGUCGCCGGCAUGGGAAAAAGAGGAAAGACGAUGAAAAUACUGAAUCGAACAACACAUCAACAAACACUCCACAACAAAGUCCAAACAACCAAAAGAAAUCACAAUGUGCCACGCCGACGCCGAAGACUCCGCAACCCAAUGAAAUUAGAAACAACGCGAGUCCACGAAGUCAGAGCAGUGCUUCACCGAGAGCCAGCACGCCCGCUAUGAAUCUGCAAGUUAACACUGGCUUCACGAAUACUCCACACUAUAACUCCGCUUUCGUGAAUCCAAAUGUACACAAUUCCAGUCUCAUGAAUCCAAACCUCGCGAAUCCAGCAUUACUCGAUAUGGCGACAAUGAUUGAUAAUUUCACUGAUGCUCAGUUACAGAGCAAUCAGAUCUCUAGCACUGUACUGGAUUCUCCGUACAACCCUUACGAUCAAAGCUACAGUUUACAUAAUCAAAACGCUAUGUAUAACCCACACAACGUUGCUCCUGUACUAGAUAACAAUUGCCAAAAUCAAAAUCCUAACCAGCUGCCGAGUUUUACUCCAAACUUACAAAAGAGAGACCAAUGCAAUCCACAGAAUAUAAAUCAAGUGAAUGCGGCUCCACAACAGUGGCCCGAAUUCGAUAAUUCAGAAAUGUUCAGCAAUGUUGUGAAGGAAGAUCCAGAUUCUACAACGGCUAAUUUAAAUGCUGCUAAUAAUUUUAGUCCUGAUUCAAAUCGAAGUGAAAGCAAUUCAGAAAAUAUAUCCAGAAGCAAUACGGAAUCCGAAAAGCUCAAUGCUUUAGGAGAUUUGACACCAAAAUUACCAGAAUUUGAUAUGCCCAGUUCACCAAGGUUAUCUGAAAUAUCUCAAAAAACCCAACGAACGCCCGAAUCACCGGUGCCUUCACAAGAACUUAAAUCCCCUAAUCAUGACUCGGUUAAUUCAGACGUUCGACGAAGUGUAUGGAGAUCUCCAGACACUAAAAGCUGGGACCCGACGAAACCUAGAGACCAAGUAACUGAAAAUGAGAAUGCAUUGUUUAGAGUGCCUAAAGCGAGGCCUCCAUCGCGAUCGCAAUAUGUGAAUCCUUCCGAUGGCAUGGAAAACUCUACGUUUCUUAAGCCGUACCCUCCAUCUGAACGAUCCUACCACAACCAAGGUUAUGAAAACAGAAGUCUCCAAGAGAAUAGAAUGAACGCGUUACCGCCGACGUCGCAACAACAAAUGAACUACACCAUCAAUCAUGAGGACUCACAGAAUAUAACAACGAAUAAACCCGCUCCGGAGUUCACGGGAAAUAACUUUCAACCGAUAAACCAAACUACUUACAGCAAUCAAGUGCCAGUACAGGGUUAUGGAAACUAUCCCACGAUGACCAACGCUUACUCUUUUACGCCGAACCCCUAUGGGCAUUUCAACCCGUAUGAAAACUCUUACAACGACUACAAUAGUAUAGCUUAUUAUAAUGCAGAAAAAUACAAAAGAGAAGAAUUAAUACGAAAUUCCCAUUGCUAUAAUUCAUAUGGAUAUCAGUACAAUCCAAAUUUUGCAGCAAAUUUCUACCAGAAUCCAAAUCCCAAUUGGUGUCAGUCUUCGCCCAACUGGUGCCUGUACCCGCCACCUUUUUCUAUUCCAUAUCCGCCGGAACCACCAAAAGCAGAACCGAUCGGUGAAGUUACUGGAAUUAACGACAAUCUGGAGUGUUUUAAAGAUAGUCAAAUGGGAGGAGUUGCUAUCGCUUUAGGGCACGGGAGUGUAUUGUUUGAAUGUGCGAAACAUGAGAUGCACUCCACCACCGCGGUGAAGAGCCCGAACAGAGUGAAUCCAACGAGAAUAUCACUCGUCUUUUACCAACAUAGGAAUCUGAAUCGUCCAAAACAUGGCCUUGAAGAGUGGGAAGAAAAAAUGAGAUUGAAAAAGUUAGGCUUAAGCCCGUCGACACCGGGAACCCCGGGAGCCAACUCGAACACCGCGUCACCGGCCUCCACACCCGGCCUCGAGCAGAGACAGACACCAGCCGAGAAAUGGAAAAGCAACGAGAACGCGAUACCAGGAGGAUAUAGCUCUUUGGCGGCUCUCGUGGAGGCGACCAACGCGGCCAGGAGGAGUCGCCAGAUUAUGUUGAGGACGGACACGCAGACCACCAUGUCGUGGACCACGUUGUUCCCGAUGCACCCGUGUACUGUGACGGGACCCUACCAGGAAUCCGGCACCUGACACAAGCCGGGCCCGGCGGCCCAUCCAGCUUCCAAAAGACAGUGAACUCCCUUCCUCGUGCUUUAAGGGUUUCCGAGGCCUUCGAUCUAAGUCUUCUCGAAUUACGUGCUUUCCAAAGUUGUUUUAGUUCCUGGAUGUGUAACUAUUAAGUUCGAUAUCUUUAGCCUGGUCCAAUAUUCGGUGACUUUCCUCACUGUAUUUCCAUUGGAAUUGAGUACCGUAUUAACAUAUAUUUUUCAAUGUAAACCGAGUGAGUUUUUAAUCAAAGAUAUAAUUUAAGUUUAUAUUUUAAUAGUGUUAAUCGCAUUUCUGCUAGUCUUACGUUACAAUGUUAGUAUCGAUGGUAUUUGUUAGACAGUAACUGUAGAAUUAUUUGUAUAAUGUUAUCGUCUUUAGUUCUACCGUCAACUCGAAACUUUCGAAUAAGUUUAUAUAUUUUUUACAAGCUGUAUUUUAAAUGACAUUAGCGUACGUUUGUCUCCAUGUUUUACAUAUUUUUUUUCUAAUUAAGCGCAUAGAUUACUUUAUAUGCGAUGCAAUGAUCUCAUAAGAUACUAACUACGAUUUAUCUUUAUAUUCAUUAUUCAGAGCGAAAGUACAAAAGACAACAAUCAUGGAAGCAGGACGGACACGUUCGCAUUGUAUGUAUACACAAGUUGUACCUUUGUCUGUCUCUAGGUAGCUUAUAUUUUAAUAAUUUAAACAUCAUUCCUCUGCCUAUAUAUUUUUUGUUUAUUUUAGUACGCAUGUUGUCGUGACGUAGUGGGCUCGGUGUUUCACGCACCGCAGCCACGGACAUGACGAGUGCUUUUAUAUUAGGUUAAGAGGUGUGUAUUUUUAACUUUUAGAAUAUUUAACUUAUUUAUUACGUGAACCAUUAUGAAAUCAUUUUCUUUCUAAUAAUUUAGUGUUAUUGUAGCUAUUAAUAUUUAAUAUAUGCAUUUGCUUUAUGUCUUGACAUUAUAUUAUUGGCAGUUGUUUUAUAAAUUUCAUGAGCCUUCUUUAAUUUCUACUUGAGUGCCUGUGUCUGAGACGUACUAUUGUAAGGUUGAAAUAAUUUUUGAACUAUUAAAAUAUGUGACCUCUAUUGAUCGAGUCGACAUCUAUUAAUUGUUCUGCUGAUUUAGCUAUAACGAAAAAAAAUACGUUCAUACAUUUAAAAAAGAUUAAUAAAUUUAUAAGAUAGAGUAUUGCAAAAAAAAAAAAACUUCAGGCGCUUGGAAAGAUUAUAAAGUAGGCAUAUUAUUGAAAAUGAAUGAUAACAUACUGAUGAAUAGUUAUUAAUAUAUAAUUAGAUGUUAAGGAAAAGUUUGUUUUAAAGAUUAAACUAUUGAUAUAGUUUAUAUUUUUUACGUGUACGUAUUUAUUGAAUGGUAAAUUUAUUGGAACGUGAAAUUAUUUAUAGGUUAAAAAAAGUUUUGAGAACAAAACUUAUAAAAACUAAGCAAUAAUAGACACCGGGGUCUAUGUAUGUUGUAAUGUAGGUUGAUUGUAGGAGCGGUUAUGAAAUUAAUUAACGAAUGGUGCGAUUUGUCGUCUGUCUUAUGGUAACGCUUGACAUACAACUCUUAACAGAUAUUGCCUAAAUUUUAUGAACGUGUUUUAGUUACUUACGCCUCUGUCUUGCCGUUGAAAUGUUGUCGGGCUCGUGUUGAUGCAUUGUGUGACGAGACAUAUCAAAAACACAGACACACGGAACGCAGAAUUGCAAAAAAAAUUUUUUUGUAAUAACAAAAUAUCAACAGCAUUCUGAAAGAUUACACAGUGCGUCACGAAAUUAUACCAAAAUGUUUUCUUUUUAAUUUAAGAUUAUGGACUAUUUUAAUGUAUCCGCAUUCAUAUAUAUUAAAUGUAAUGAGAUUUAAAAGUAAGCACAAAAUUUGUUAAAACACUUUGAAAUAUUUUUUACAAGAUUAUUGAUAUUAUGUAUGAAUGCAAUCGAGGUUGUAACUGAUUAGUAGAUGUAAAGUCCUUGUGGAAAUUGAAUUUUUUGUAUGAAAUUAUAAAAUCAUUUAGGCCACACUAGAUACCUGUGAUAUAUACCAUUAACUCACGUGUGCUUGACUGCUUGUAUGUGUCUUUCUUCAGUGUGUUGUGAGUCGACACAACGUUAAACUGGCGCAACGCGAUUUGAAUUUAGAACUUGUGUCGUCGAUUAAAAAAAAAAAGAAAGCCACGAACCAAAAACGACCAGUAUUUUUUUAACAGUAACCAAAAAGUUUUGUUUAAUAAGCAUGGUAGAAUUAUCGAGGGUUGUUUUAAUGAACGCGUUCGUUGCGUUAGUUACGACAGACAUUAUUGUGUAAUAAUAUUUUGUCUUCUGCCAAAACAAGAGAAUGUGUCAUGUAAAUAGAACUACCAUUAUUUAUUAAUAUAAUAAUUUAAUAAAACGCA